UGUUUUUUUGUAGCUGUUCCGCAUCAAUAAAAUAAUAUUUUUUCAAUUGGAAAAUCUUUAUUCAAUCAUCGCACAAAUGUCUUUGCGACAACAAUUUUUCUCAUCAGAAUCACCAUCAUCCUCAUCAUCAUCAUGGUCAUCAUCAUUUGCAUCAUCAACAUUACCGAAUAGAAAGAAUUCAACAAAAUCGUAUACGAAUGAUGAAAAUCGUCGUCGUAAUAGUAUAGAAUCUUAUGAUCAUCAUCAUCAACAACAACAAUUAAUUAAACAACCACAAUCACAACAACAUCGUUUAGUUAUCUAUACAAAUCCACAAAAAUAUUAUUCAAUACGAAUUGAUCAACCACAUAGACAAGCAAUACAUAUUCUACCUGAAAAUUAUCAAUUCUGUUCAUUGGGAAAAAAAUUCCGUAAUACUUUGAAUGGUCCAGAAAUAUUCGGUACUUGUUCGGCAAAAGUUCAUUUUGGUAAAUGUACUGAUUUUGAUGUUUUUGUUGAACAAGAACAACAACAACAACAACAACAACCAAAACAACAAAAAAUUGACGAUUACGACGAUACAGCAACAUUAAGUGAUUGUAAAAAUUUUAUCUAUUAUAAAAUUAAAACACCUACAAAAACGGCAACACCUAUUAUUAAUAUUGGUAGUAGUGGUGGUGAUGGUCAUAAUCAUCGAUCCAUCACUACUACUGCUACAAACACCGCAGCUAAUGAUAAUGCUAAUAUUCCGAAAAAUGUUCGAUCCAUAUCAUCAUCAUCAAUAACAUCAAUAUUAUCUAAAAUCGAAAGCUAUCGUGAUAAUCUAGAUGCAGCUAUUGAAUUAUUAACUAAUGAUGAAUUAGAUAAUCAUAAUCAACGUAAUGAACUUGAACAUUUAAUUCGAAAUUUCGUUUGUGAAGAUCGUCGUCAAAGACAAGUAGAUUCAAAUUCUAAUUCGGUUAAUCAUGUUAAAACCGAAUCCAACAUAAAAAAUCAACAACAACAACAACAACAAAAACGACGACAACAAUCUUCUAUUUCGACAACAUCCGAUACUGAUGAAUUGGAAAAAUUAGCAUUAGCUUUAGUUGCCGAAUCUAGUCAUGAUGAUAAUAAUAAUAAAAAUGUUAAUCCAUUAUCACCAACAUCAUCAUCAUCAUUAUCAUCAUCAUCGGCGAUCGAUUAUCCAUCUAGUGGUAGAAAAAUUUUAUUGAAAAAAUCACAAGCUGAUCUAUUACGACAACAACAAAAUGGUAACCUAAAUUAUGAACAAAAUCGAUCAUCAUCACCAACACCGUUUCUAAGUACAAAUCGUGAUGGUGUUGUACAAUCACGAUUAUUACGUUUUUCAAAUAAUAUUAAUCAGCAACAUCAUCACCAACAACAGCCAUCAAAUUCAUUAUCAUCAUCAUCAUUAUCCUUGAUAAAAUCGGAAGAAUCAUUACAACGGAAACAAUGUUCAUCACCAACGCCAUCAUUGAUACAACAAAAUGGUAAUGAAAAUCGUAAUCAAAUUGUAUUUGGUAUUAGUCCUAAAUCAAGUUCACUUGCAAGAUAUAAAAAUCUUAUCGAAUCACGAAGUGAAACAUCAUCACCGAUUCAAUUAAAUUUUGCUACCGGAAUCGAUCUUUAUAAUCUAAAUCUUGAAUUAGAAAAUCGACCACAUGAUAAUGAUCUAACUCGUAAUAAUAAUACAUCAUCAAAUAUUAAAUCAAAUUCUUUAAAUUAUAUUUCAUCAAAUCGAAAACAAAUGUUUGUUAAUGAUACAAUGGCAAACGAUAAAUGUUCAACAUUGGAUUCGAGCCAUUUUAUUGGCAACAAUCAUGACAUCUGUAAUAGUAAAAGUAGUAGCAAUAAUGAUGGUAAAAUUAACAAAAAACUUUCGAAUAAUAUUCAUGGAUAUUGUUCAGAGAAUGAUGAUAUAAAAAAUAUCGGUACCGAUGUUAUUGACACAAGAGAAAAAUCUCCUUCUUCUUCUUCUACUUCAUCUAGAUCUUCUUAUUUAUUAUCAUCGAAUAAAACAUUGGGAUCGUUGUCAACAUCGAAUAAUGGUGUUAAUCAUGGUGGUGGUGGCGGUAUUAACGGAAUUGACGAUAGUGGUAUAUCAAAAUUUCAUCAUAAUAAACAACAACCAUCAUCACCAUCAGUCGUUGUUGAUUCAUCAAAAACAUCAGAUCCUUUGUUAGAUUUUGUGGCAAGAAAUCAAGAGCUUAACAAUCAUCAUCGUGUUUCAUCAUCAUCAUCAUCAUAUCAUUCCUCUUUGAAUACGAUAAACAAAGAUCAUUAUCAUAAUAAUAAUAAUAAUAUCAUUAGCAACGACAGUAGUAACAAGAAAAUCAAUGAUAAUGAAUCAUCGAAUAAUUUAAAUAUUUUAACAUCGAAUACGAUCGAUACAUUUAUAAAGGAAAAUGAAAAAUUUUUCCAUAGUGGUGGUAAUCGUUUAUCACGAAGUUUAGGUAUAAUUGAAAACGAAAACAUUUUACCAUCCACAACAUUAUUGGAUAAUUAUUUUGAUGAAAUGAAAUAUCAACAAAAACAACAUUCAACAAUGACAUCAACAUCACAACAAUCAACAACAACCAAAUCAUCAUUAACCGAUGAUGAAAAAGCAUUAUUACAUGAAACGCUUAAAGUUGGCCAAUUAUAUGGUGCAUCAUCAUCAUCAUCCGCAGGUUCGGGUUCCGAUAGUUCAUCUGAUAAUGAAAAAAGUUCACAAUCAUCAUCAUCACAGCAAAAAAGACGUAUAAUAUUUGUAUCGAAACCGGCACCAAAACCUGAACCAAAACCCGAACCAAAAUAUGUAAAUGGAAAAAUGGUAUUCGGACAGGUACAUGUCCAACAACGACAUCAUCAUCAUGGCCUACAAAAAGGUUCGGUAGCCGAACGUGUUAUGUUAUUUGAAAAAUGUCCCGAAAAAACAUCCGUUACGAAACAUAAAUUAACGGAAUUACAACGAAAUCGUAUAACAAAUCCAAAUAAGAUUGGUAGUUGGAUGAAAUUUACGGAAACACAAGCUGUGCUACCACAGAAUGAUACGACGAGAAAUGGUGGAAAUCUGAAAAUAGCAAAUUUGAAUAAUGUUGUUGGGGAAGAUUCUGGCAAUCUGCAACCUGUCUCAUCAUCCACAUCAACAACAACAACAACAUCGGUUAAAUCUUUGACAAAAAAUAAAAUUCAUAAAGGAGAUGAGCCAAAAUCACCGCCAACUAUAACAUCGAUACCAACAUUUAGGCGUUUAUCACGAACAAAUUCUGGCAUAUUGCCCGGACAAUUGCCUCGUUUCUAUUAUCCACUUGGACGACCAUAUUCAUCGAAUGAGGUCGAAAAUCAAAUUAAACGUAUUAUAUCGAUUUUUGAUCGUUUUCCAAGCCGAACAGUUACGGUCAAAGAAUUAGGUGGUGUAUUAAAAUUAUGUGGAAUACCUGUAUAUUGGAAAGAGCCAUUAUUUCGUUCAAUAUUGGCUGAUGUUAAAAAUAGUUCAAUGGCAAAUGGCAAUUGUGGUGGUGGUGGUGGUGUUAGUAUUCGUCGUACGAAUUCGAUCGAUCAUUCAUCAAACAGUAAAAAUGGUUUCAUGGCCAAUGGGACAACAACAUCGAAUGGCAAUUGUAGCAAUAUUAAAGAUUAUAUUACUUGUGAUCAAUUUACAAAUUAUUGGAAAAAAUUAAUUUCAAUUUGUUACGAUGAUGCUAGUCGUUUUAUAAAAAUCAUGACACAAGGCAAACGAAAUUAUAUUAUUCCUGAAGAUUUUGAACCACUUAUACAGGAUGUGAUUGAUACACAUCCAGGAUUAUUAUUCCUAAAAGAAGCCGAAGAAUUUCAUUCACGUUAUGUACAUACGGUGAUUGCACGUAUAUAUUAUUGUGUGGAUAAAACAUGGUCCGGUACGAUAACGUUACCUGAAUUGAAAAAAUCUAAUCUUCUUCGAGUUAUUCAUCUUCUUGAGGAAGAAGAUGAUAUCAAUCAGAUAACUGAAUAUUUUUCCUAUGAACAUUUCUAUGUGAUAUAUUGUAAAUUUUGGGAACUUGAUCAAGAUCAUGAUCUAUUCAUCAGUAAAUAUGACCUCGCUAGGCAUAAUGAUUCAGCUAUCUCUUCUCGAAUGAUUGAUCGAAUUUUUAGCGGUGCUGUCACACGAACCAGAGCAUCUCGUAGUUCACAUAAUAAUCAAAUGUCAUAUACUGAAUUCGUUUGGUUUUUGUUGGCCGAUGAAGAUAAACGUCAUCCAAGAGCGAUUGAAUAUUGGUUUCGUUGUAUGGAUCUUGAUGGUGAUGGUUGUCUUUCGUUUUAUGAAUUGGAAUAUUUUUAUAAUGAACAAGUAAAACGAAUGGAAUCGGCCGGUAUUGAAGCAUUACCAUUUACUGAUUGUCUUUGUCAGAUGAUCGAUCUAAUCAGUCCAAAAGAUCCAUCUCGAAUAACAUUAUCGGAUUUGAAAAAAUGUCGAUUAACACCAAUAUUUUUCGAUACAUUCUUUAAUCUAGAAAAAUAUCUUGACCACGAACAACGUGAUCCAUUUGCAUCACAACGUGAUGAAGAUGGUGUAUCUAUGUCGGAUUGGGAUCGUUAUGCUGCUGAAGAAUAUGAAUUAUUAGUUGCUGAAGAAAGUGCACAGAAUCAUAAUUAUCAUCGUACAAAAGCUUUGAUCCAUAAUAAUUUUAACCAACAUCAAAUACAACAACCAAUUAUUGAUCAUAUUAAUGAUGAUAAUGAUGCUGAUGAUGAACAAGAUCGUGAAUAUGAAUUUGAUGAUGACGGUGAUGAUGAUGAUGAUGAUAUAUAUGAAUCAAAUGAAUCUGAAGAUUUUAGUACGACAACUAGUGGUGAUGAUGAUGUUGAUACAAUCGAUGAUGGUCGUGUGUAUUUAGUUAUUGAAUCAACUAUCAAAAAACGUUCGAAUCCGAAUCAGGACGAUAAAUUCUGUGAUAAUAGAUCUGAUGAUAAAAUUGAGAUCGAUACGAAUAACAAUUGUAAACUUAAUGAUGAUAAUUCUACUGUUGAUAAAAAUGAUGACGAUUUUGUUGAUAAUUUGGAUAAAGAAUUCUAUGAAUACAUUCAGAAUGAAUUUGAAACAAAUCGUUAUUCAUCUCGAUCAAUUUAUGAUUCACGAUCAAUCAACAAUCAUCAUAAUCAUAAUCGACCGACAAUGAUUGUCAAACCAAUCAAAUUGGUAAAAUUAGAUCCAAUCAAUGGCAAUGAUAUUGUUCAACGGCAUUCAAUUCAUGAACAGAUGAAAACUGCUGAGAUUUGCAACAUUAAUGAUGAUGAUGAUGAUGAUUUUUUCUGACGACUUUGUUGUCAUUUUCAAAUGCAAACUAUGAUUUAGCAACAAAAUUAUUUCAAUAUCAACCAAAUCAUAAAUCC